GACAGCGCGUUGUGAUAUGAUGCGAUAAGAGACAAUCAUGGCGGACAGCAGGCAAGCAAGAAUCGCCCGACAUGGGCGGAUGUUUCUCCGCAUUGGGGCAGUUUCAGGAUUCACAGCAGUAAUCAUGGGAGCAUACGGUGCUCAUGUUCUUAAGACAAGGUCAGGGAUAGAACACGAGAUAACGACGUUUGAUUCAGCUAACAAAUACCAUCUGAUCCAUUCGUUGGCGUUGCUGGCCGUCCCUCUCACAAGGCAACCACUUAUGACUGGGAGCUUGAUGACCGCAGGAAUUCUUGGAUUCUGUGGGACUGGCUACUAUUAUUCAAUGACCAGUGAUGCAACACCGGUCAAACUCAUGCCAAUAGGUGGACUUCUUCUCAUGGCUGGUUGGCUGGCCAUGGCCUUAUGAAUGUGCAUUACAGAUAUUUACAUCUCACAUUAAUUCUUUAUUUAAUUUUGCCCCAGGAAUUUGAUCAAAAUUUAUCUUAUAGAGAAACCUGAAAUGGUAUGGAAUUUCAUAUAUAUUCCGUUAUUUUUUUUUUCAAUUUUUUUUAACCUGAUGCUCAUAUCUUUUGUGCACAAAACAAGAUGAAUAUGAGUUUUGAUUACCAGUAUUGUUUUAUGAAUAUUGAAAGUGAUAUGUUUUAUGCUGUGAAAUAUGUGAAUAAACCAAUAUAGUUGCAGUCUUGAGGUAUAUCAGUAUACAAAAGAUUUUAUAAGUUUUUUAGAUUAAAGAAAAAUAAAUUUAUCCUUUUUACCAAGAGGCAAUAUAAUUUAAGAAUACCAACCCAGUGGAUUAUCAUGGAACAUAUUUAUUGGCAAAAUCACUAUCAAAGAAGCUAAUUGGAUUGUAAUUGGUGAAGGGAGGUAGGCUCAGCACUUUCCCAGGGCACUUUUCAUUUCUAGAAAUGCCUUGAAUGAUUAUCUAUCUGAAUGUAUUAUUAUUAUGGGAACAUUUGAA